CUCCUUCUUACUCACACACACACUUUUUUUUUCUCCUUUUUGGAAAUGACAAUAGUAGUCGAAAGCGUUGCCUGGGGUAUCUAUGGCGUAGUAGUUGCUAUGCUAUUCUUAUUCAGUGUAUUAUUUACAAGAUAUUUUCAAGCCAAAUAUGAUUCCGAAUUCUUUGCUACAUUCAUCACCAUUUUGGCAUUAGGACUUGUCUUUUCAACAUUAGCCUUAUUGCCUGUUGACAUUUUUUUAGUUUCAGCUACAGUAGAUCCUACAAUGGGAAUCAAGAAAGAAUGGGCAACACCAGAAACUAUUAACCGAAUGACCAAGGUGACAAGUAUAGUGUACUAUGCCUUUUAUGGAACCAUUACGAUGUUUAGCUUCUUUUUGAUACCCUUUGCUUAUUUUUUCUAUGAGGAGUAUGAUGAAGAUCAAUCAUUAAAGGACAGGAUAAUGGGUGCGCUCAAGUACACUUCCUUUUUUGUCAUCAUAUCCGUUCUUCUAUCUAUCUUUGGCUUAUUCCUCAAGCCAACUGCGAGACCGCCCAAGAUUGAUCUGGAUUGGUUCAAGAAACUGCUUACAGAGGAUUAUGGCGGAAAGACCAUCUCAUUUUUGCUUGCAUGCCUUAUUUUGUUCGGAAUGCUUGUCUUUAUUGGAUACACCGCACCAGGGUUAUCGCUUUUGCCCAUGGAUUUGAUGAAGGGCAGACGGCGAUUAGAGGAUGAAAGUGAAGAUGUAGAGAAUAGGUUAAUCGCAGCCAAGGAAAGACAGCGAGCGAUCAAAGCCAAAUAUGCCAAUAGAUCACUACCAGUUAAGGAGCAACGAGAACUUGAUGAACUAGAAGAUGAAGAAAGACUACUCUCCAGAAGGCUAAGAACCAUUCAACAAUAUCGAUCAAGCUUAUUUCAAAAGCUAUUCUACAUUGUUCGACCAUUUGAAUUUAUAUUAGGUGCCAUAUUAUUAUGCGUUACUUUAGUCAUUGCUGUAUCCAUCUUUAUGACAAUAGUGGAUAAAAUUGCUUAUGCAGUAUGUGGAAGUCAAUGUGGCUAUGUCAUUAGUCAUCCAAACAUGUUUAACCCUAUCAACUUCAUAUUUGUUAAAUUAUCCAAGAUAUUCCCAUUAGACUAUCUAUUUAUGGUUGGAUUGAUUAUUUACUUCUUCUUAGCAACCAUGUCUGGAAUCAUCCAUGUUGGCAUUCGAUUUCUUUGGAUUACCUUAUUUCGUAUCAGAAAAGGAGCUACUGCCCCUCAAGCCUUGUUAGUAACUGCUGUAUUACUCACAUUAAGUUUACUGGCAUUAAAUUAUACCGUGACAACCAUCGUUGCCCCUAGUUAUGCACACUUCGGAAGCCAAGUCUAUUGUAAUCAAACAAACACACUUGGACAAAGAGAUUGUACUCAAAGUAAAGAAUGGAUUGUUCCCUGUGAUAUUUAUGGGCCUACAGAUAUAUGUACACCAACAGUGUCAUCAACAUUGAUAGAUAAAAUCAUUGUAAACACGCCCUUUUUUGGCAUCUUCUUUUAUUGCUCACAGUGGGUAUUUCUGAUCGUGUUUAUCCUUGGUUUCCUAUAUUCGAUUUUCCGAAAGCCAAGAAAUAGUGUACAAACUGAUUUACAGGAGCUUGUGGAUGAUGAAGAAGAACAAAGUUUGCUAAGUCCAUCCCGAAGACAGGAUGAACGUUACCAUACAACAUAAAGAAAGAAUCUCGUGUGCGUUACAUGCAAAUCCAUACACACACUCAUUCUUGUACAUGUUCGAUCAAAGGACACGUUUUUAGUUGCUCUAUUUGAUUAAAAUAUAAUAUUCCCAACUUUGGGUAAUCUCCAUUGGGCCUUUUUUUUGGCUUCUCCUUUCGAUUAUUUUUAUCUCUCCUUUUUUUUAUGU